AACUGAAUCCUUUUUGAUAGUGAAAGUUAGAGGUGUAUCUUGUAUAAUAUACAAAAGCUUCAUACAUUUUUUCUUCAAAAAAAAAAACCCACCAUUUUGCAUGCAUGAGCUUCCUUUAUCUGACUUUUUUUUCCUUCCCACCUUCCCUUUUUUUUAUUUAAUUUUUUAUAUUGACCCUUGCUAUUCAAGAUAAUUAAACUAAAACCAAGGUGUAUGUUGCUUGAGAUGCAACGCAUCGUCAAACAUAUUAUAUACUUCUAUAUAAGGGAGAACAAACCAAACAUACAAGUAGAGAAAACAAAAACCUACUAAAUAUUAUAACCUAAAUAUCUUUUAUUUGUUCUUCUGCUCUAAUAGUUGAUCUUAUUGUUGUGAGUUCAAAAGAAAAAAAAAUGGAGAGCAAGCUCAGAUUGUUUGGGUUCGAGCUUGAUACCUACAAAAAUAAUGAAGGUGAAGAAAGUACAAACUCAUCAAAUACAGUAUCAUCUGGUAAUAAAGAAAAAUCUGAUGAUAAUAACAGAAGGUGUUCAUCUGUUAAUAACAUUAUUGAGAUUGAGCAGAAAAAGUUUGAGUGUCAAUAUUGUUACAAAGAAUUUGCAAAUUCGCAAGCUUUAGGUGGACAUCAGAAUGCCCAUAAAAAGGAAAGGAUGAAGAAGAAGAGGCUUCAAUUACAAGCUCGAAAAGCGAGUAUGAAUUUCUACCUUCAACCAUACCAUCAGAAUUUGAUGAAAAACAAUAGUUCUUCUUCUUCUUCAUCAGGUUCCUUGUGGUACUUUGAUCCUUCAUACUAUGCACCAGCAUCAGAUAAUCAUUUUUCACUUUAUGAAGAAUCUCAGAUUAGUUUCGGAACGUUUGAUCAAGAUCAUCAUCGACAUCAGACGGCUGCAUUACAGCAGUUUACGGUCACCAAUGGCAGCAGGUGCACUACAGAAAGUAGGCCUGCUGUUAUAGUGAAGCCUAACCCUUUGGCUGUUACAAAAAAAAGCUGUAAAUCUAAUUUAGAUCUUCAAUUAGGGCUUAGCCUAGAUUCUAAUGUUAUCAAAAGCUCUUCCAUAGCUCGGAAAUUUAUAUAAAAAUUUAGCAUUGUUCAUUAGGUUUAAA